AUGACUGGCCAGCCCGUCUUCGGUAUCAACACAAGUUUUGCGGGCGGGCGGACUUACUGUGAAGGCAAUACCAAUACCUAUGGAUAUCAAACCAGCAACCAACAACUUUCUUUGCCCUUAACCUCAGGAAGUGAUAUAUCAUACGACCAAGAGCCAAAUCACCGCAGCGCUCAUACCUCAUACGAUCAAGGGCAAAACUACCGUGGAGCCACUUCAACCCCGCAUAACCAGCAAUAUCAUACGCCCGAUGGCCUCAAUUCAUACCAGAACUCCAUUCAAAAUCCAAAGACGUCUUACACCCACCAACACAUCACCCAGAAUUCGCCCCCUGCCUUGCAGGGCCGACGUAUAAUUAGUGGCCCCAACAUAUCCCAGAUUCAACUGCAAGGCCAAGCGACCACGGAUCGCCACUUGCUCAACGUUCAACUGCAAGGCCAAGCGACCACGGAUCGCCACUUGCUCAACGGCCAGCCCAUGCUAACCACCCAGGCAACAUCUCAUUCUAGAGCACAAGCUCCAGUCUUGGUCCAUCAAGCCACAAUUGCCAACCGGGUGCCACCUCCCCAAACCAAUACCUUGGCUCCCUUGCAAGCUCGCUCCCAUCAGCCCAGUCAAUCAGCCGACCCCAGUUCAGCUUCAGUUCAUCAGACCACAAUCUCCAACCGGGCCCCACGUUCCCAACUUGAUUCUUCAGCUACAUCGCAAGCUCAGUCCCACCAGCCUGGUCAAUCAGCCAACCCCAGUUCAGCUUCAGUUCAUCAUACCACAAUCUCCAACCGGGCCCCACGUUCCCAACUUGAUUCUUCAGCUACAUCGCAAGCUCAGUCCCACCAGCCUGGUCAAUCCGCAAAAUCCAGCCAUCCCUCCCUUGACAACGACAUCAAUUUAGCGGGGAUAAUGUCUGGGUCGAUGGACAGCGGUAAGGAGGUCGUUCGUUCAUUGACUGAGGACGAAAUGAUGCGAUUUAAGGACAUGAAUCUCUCGAUCCUCCGUCAAAUUGCGUCUGACAAACCCCCACGUAGCAGAAUGACUGCAGAGAUGAAGAGUGAACUGGACGACCUAUAUUACGAAUUCCAGAGAGAGCUCCACAAGCUUUCAAUCAAGCAUCAAGUCGGGCCGCACCUCUGCUUUGCUCAUCUUGGGCAGUCAAAAAAGGUGAAGGGCGGCUCCACAUGGAAUAACUUUCAGCAGUACGAUCCCGAGGCGCUGGCACUCUUUGAUGAAUUUGGAAAGGAUGUUGGCGGAGAUAAGGUAGCGGAGCUAUGGAAAACGAAAGACGAUGCAACGAAAAAGUUAUAUAAAGACAUCGAUUUUCUCAUCAGUUUGACCGAAGAAAAUGCUGAUGCCAUUGCUGCUGCACAAGAUAACGUUUACUCAACAAAUGGGAGUCGAUUGCGAUCAAAAACGAUGGUUUCCUCCUCACAUGUCUCUCAGAAGAAAACGAUGACUAUGGUUAGCAACUGGGUCCGUAAAACAGAAGCCGAUUUGAAAUCCAUGGCCUUCUUCCAUCAAGUUGAAGGCUUUUUUGUUGUAGCUUCCCGCCACCCAAAAAGUACAAUCUUUGAGAAAGGUGGAUCGGCCCUAGGCUACAACUUUCUUGAAAUGAUGGCCGAUAAGGAAGAGAAGGACACUGCGGGGCAUUUUCAUACCUGGGUUGCUGCAAAAGCUAUCCAAAUCAUUAACGGCAUCCGAGUAGAUCCAUCGAAAUCCAUGAAACGAAAGGCGAUCACUUCCACAAACGAUAAAACAAAUGCAGCCAAUGAAUUUGAUAUGGGCACGGUCGCUAAAAAUGUUCAUGCCAUUCGGGAAAAGCUAAAGGAAAUGAUACAAUCGGCAAGUGGCAACAAGCUAUGUUGCGCCUGGCCAGCGACGGAUUCCGUAAACAAGUUAAAGGAGUUGAAGCUCAAACUCCAUGUCAAGAAUAACGACUGGAAUAUUGUGCCCAAGGACUUAUUUCAACCGCUUUCCAGAUUGCACGAGGGUCCGGCCAAAGGCAUACUUGCUUGUUUAAACACCAAACGAAUUCUCAUCACCUACCAUGGGAAUGAAGACUCUGAAGAUGAAACUACUGAUUCGACCGAAACAGAAUCCGAUUCAGAUGAUGAAACCGAUACUACAGAGGACGAGUCAGACAGCACCAAAAGUAGUGUCGAAGUCGAUAAUCCACCUCCUAAGAAGCGUGCCCGCAAAAACAGCAAGACUGGAUCAUCCAAGAAGAAGUCCGGCAGCUCCAAGAAGAAGUCCGGCAGCUCCAAGAAGAAGUCCGUCACCUCUAAGAAGAAGCCCGUCACCAAAAGCAAAUCUGCCGUCAAUAAGAAAUCGACCAGCUCGAAGCAAAAGCGUACAAGUGCCGCAAGUACCAAUCAAAACAGCGACACUGUUACAACUCAAAACAGCAACACCCUUACAACUCAAAACAGCGACACCCUCGACCCCAGAAGUAGCUUAGCAGGCAUCUCAGGUGCUCAAGAAGGGGGUACUGGUUUGGUCGGAGACUCUCAAAUUCAAUGUUCCAUUGACCCUCUGCUGGAGACGCUUGCUUAAUUCGCUGGACGCGCUUCCAUAUAUUUUCUCUGUCUCACUGCUUUUGUAAUCGAAAUCUAUAUUCACAUCAAUAUACACGUACACAUACACAUCAUACAACAAACAACCAUCGAUGUUAGGUAGUUAAAUAUUUUCUUUUCAUCUCUUUAUA